AUGUCUGCCGAAGUAACCGGCAAGGCGCCGGACGCCAGCGUACCGGUGCCGCAGAAAGAAGAUGGCCCUGAAGUGGGCGGUCUCGACACGAAACUAAAACUCAAGGAUGAGUCCGAACCGCCCUCAGGAUCCGAGCUAGGGGAGGUUGAGUCAGGCACCAUCGACGAGAAAGCCCUGCUCCGCAAGCUCGACUGGCGGUUGAUUUCCAGCCGUGGGAGUCUUGUAUCUGCUUUCCUUCCUCGACCGCAGCAAUGUUGGCAACGCGGCGUACGCUGCAACAUCAUCCUGAAAAGGACAACGCCUCGCUUCUGGCUGCCCACCCUGACCGCUCUGUGGGGUGUGGUGGCAACCCUUAUGGGUAUUGUUCAGAACUUGACAGGCUUCUUCAUCGCCCGAUUCUUCCUUGGUGUGACCGAGUCCGGCCUUUUUCCCGGAGUAGUGUACUACUUCUCGAUGUGGUAUCAGAGACGGGAAAGACAGUUCCGCAUAUCGCUGUUCUUCGGCGUUGCCGCGUUAGCAGGCUCUUUCGGAGGUAUCUUGGCCUAUGGAAUCGGGCAUAUGGCCGGUGUGGUGUGGGAAAACGGCUGGCGUUGGAUUUUCAUUCUCGAAGGUAUCGCCACGGUCCUAGUGGCCAUUGCGGCUUACUACUUCAUCCACAACUACCCCGAGACGGCCGACUUUCUUACGGAAAAUGAGCGCACCUUCAUCCGCAACCGCUUGUCCUCGGAUAGUGAUGCGACCCGCGACGAGCGUUUCACGUGGGACAACGUCCUCAAGGCGCUGCGUGACCCCAAGAGCUGGCUGUACGGGCUGAGCUUCCACGGCAUGAGCCUUCCGUUGUACACAUUCUCGCUGUUCCUGCCCACCAUCAUCAAGGAUCUCGGCUACGAAGCGGCCAACGCACAGCUCCUCACAAUCCCGCCCUACGCAUUCGCCUUCCUCACCACCAUCGGCGUGGCCAUCCUCUCCGAACGCACCGGCCACCGCGCCAUCCCCAUCAUCGGCUCGGCGCUGUUCGCCAUGAUCGGGUACAUCAUCCUCCUCACCAACUCCGACCCGUCCCACCGGCCGGGCGUCUCGUACCUGGGCACCUUCUUCGCCGCGGGCGGCAUCUACCCGGCGACGGCGCUCGCCCUGUCGUGGCCGGCCAUCAACGUCUCGGGCCAGACCAAGCGCGCAGUCGCCAACGCCAUGCAGAUCAGCAUCGGAAACUGCGGCGCCGUGAUCGGUACCCAGCUGUAUCGGUCCGGCGACGGCCCGCGCUACUUUGUCGGCCACAGUUUUGCUCUGGGAUACCUAUUGUUUGAAAUCGUUGUCUCGGUGAUAUUGUACUACAUGCUGAAGAAAGAGAACGAGAGGCGGGAGGCCAUCAUACCGGAAGUGAAGGAGGUGGGAGAAUUGGAAGACUGGAGCGGCGAUGAGGACCCAAGAUGGCGAUUCCAGUACUAA